AUACGUUACAGAAUAUAUUUUUCUGAGUUUCUAAUUGAAAAUUAUUGAACGGGGCUCUGAACUCGUUAUCGGAAAUGAAUAGUGUCAGUAUCCACUCUGCAGCGGUUAUGUCCUCUUAUACAAUAAGCGAGACUUGUGUGAGGAAGUUUGUCCUAAAAGGGCCGCCGUACUGCAAUCUCGUUUGAUAUCCCGAGCACAGCGAAACUCUUUGUGUACCUCGUUUGGAAUUGUUUUUUUUUCUUUAUUUUUUUUCCAUUAAAACAAGAGGAUGUCUGGGUGGCAUUGAACAGAAAGGACACAAUGAGUGACAUCCGCCAUUCCCUGCUCCGCCGAGAUGCCCUGAGUGCUGCCAAGGAGGUGCUGUAUCACCUUGACAUUUACUUCAGCAGCCAGCUCCAGAGCACAGCCGUUCCCAUUGUGGACAAAGGAACCCUUGAGCUUGUCGAGGAGUUCAUAUUUCAUGUUCCUAAAGAACGCGGUGUUCUGCCAAAGAGGAUGAGCUCCCUGCAGGAGCUGCAGCUGCUGGAGAUCAUGUGCAGUUAUUUCCAGGAGCAGAGCAAGGACGCCGUGCGCCAGGUUAUCUUCUCUGCUCUCUUCAGUCCUCAGGGCAACAAGGCCGACGACAGCAGGAUGGCCAUGCUGGGGAAGCUGGUCUCCAUGGCUGUGGCUGUCUGCAGGGUGCCCAUUCUGGAGUGUGCCGCUCUGUGGCUGCAGAGAACCCACGCUAUCUACUGCGUCAGGCUUGCCAAGGUCCUAGUUGAUGAUUACUGCAGCUUGGUGCCAGGGUCAGUGCAGACCCUCCAGCAGAUCUUCAGUGCCAGCCCCCGGUUUUGCUGCCAGUUCAUCACUGCCGUUACAGCACUCUUUGACAUGUCCUCAGAUGACUUGAUCCCCCCUAAUGACCUGCUGGAAAUGGUUGUCACCUGGAUCUUUGACGACCCCCGGCUGACCCUCAUCACUUUCCUCAACACCCCCAUUUCGGCCAACCUCCCAGUGGGCUGCCUGGACCUCACCCCCCUGGUGGGUCUGGUGCGCUGGUGUGUGAAGGCCCCCUUGGCCUACAAGAGAAACAGGAAACCUGCUCUCACCAAUGGACACAUCAGCAAACUGUCCAAAGAGGAGAAGGAGGAGGAGGGUGUUGGGGACAGAGACUUGCUGUACUCCAAGCUGCAUCUGAGCAUCCUGCAGGUCCUCAUGAUGCUCCAGGUGCACCUGACGGAAAAAAACCUCUUUGGGCGUCUUGGGCUGCUUGUGUUCGAUCACAUGGUUCAGCUGGUGGAGGAGCUCAGCAGGCUGGUGGAUGAGCUCAAUCCCCUCAAUGCCACCAAGGAGACAGAGCUUUCUUUGGACAGGCUGGCUCAGGCCCUACAGGUGGCUGUGGCAUCGGGGGCACUGUUGUGCACCAGAGAGGACCUGAGGUCUCUAUGCUCCAGGCUGCCCCACAACAAUCUGCUUCAGCUGGUCCUGUCGGGGCCCGUGCAGCAGCAGCCCCCUCAUUCCGCGUUCCAGCCUGGAUUCUACCCCCACAUCCACACCCCGCCGCUGGGCUACCCGGCCCGGCCCACCCCGCCGGCCCAUUCCCAGCAUCCCGCACACCCCCCACACCCGCCGCACAGUGCCCUCCCAGCACACCCAGUGCAGCCCUUUCUCCCAGGCAUGGCGUUCCCCUAUCGCCCCAUUCGCUAGCACCGCGCUCAGCCCUCAAUGCCGGGCGAGACCGGGCACUAACAUUACAACAGCACCUCUACGUCUCUCCCACGCCAGCACGCGUGAACCCCAGUCUUCUGCAAAGGGAACGUCUGCAAUACGACCAGCUUUCAGGCCGUUGGUUUGGAAAUUGUUGAAAGUUUACCCGUGUUCAGGCUUUUAUGUUUUUUUAUUAUUUGUGUCUGUGGAGAACAGAUGUCAAGUUCCAAAGGAGGUUUUUGAUAAAGAAAUCAAUCUUGGCUUUCAUAGGAACCACCGUGAUAUUUCCAGAUAAUUCAGGACUAGAAGUCAUUGUUUGCAGGGUUAAUUGAGAGCACAAGACUGAUACAAACAGGGAGAAUUGGGAAGGAAAAACUCACGUUUUAAUGACUGGAGCGGGUCGUUCUUGAAAGGUGCGUUUAAUAAACAGUGGAAAAAUAAAAGUAGACGACUGCGUGUUUUUCCGAGCGUAGGUGAAUUUUAAGCAGGGUUUGAAUGUCAAAAUACAGUGCAUAAUUUAACGUAACGACUGCCCCCUGUAGGUGUUAGUAAAUGCAUCUAUUAAAAAGGACAUUUACAAGAUCAAUUUGUAUAAUGUAGUAACAAAUGGAAUGACUGUUUCACAAGGUCUUGUAAUGAUUCUGUAUGAUACAGUAGAACUGUACAACAGACUAGGGAUUUGUGCUUCAGUCAGAAGUGCUUUCCAUUAAUUCAGCUUCUAAAGCACAGUUUGAGUGGAAUAUGAACGUGGUGAAUCGUCUGUUUAACUAAAUGGCUUUUUUACACUGUCCAGAAAAAAAUGAAAGAAUCUCAGUAAUAUACACAGCGCACAGCUAGAAGUAGAUAUUGGAUACGGACCAUAAGUGUGUUGAAAAUAAAUGAUAAUGUCUAUGACCAUAAAUGAAAAAAAAAGCUUUUUUUGUAUUUGUUGGGAAGUUGUA